AUGGAACGACCCCCCGUGGCGGAUUCAACUCGACAGACGUCGCGAAUCCCGGCUUCAGGACGAAUGCUCCAGUUGACACCGCGCAACUUCGAUGUAUUCCCUCGUUUCGCAUUCAUGGGGCGUCAGUUGGACAACAUGCACGAGGAUGACCGGGAGACAAGGGCGCAUCCACCCGCGGCCGGCUCUCUUUGUUUUCGCUCCGGCGCAAAUGGGAGUACGAGCGGUGGCGAGCGUGCCAACUCUCUGGCAAGGGGCUCAAUGGUUGAUCAACCUAGUGGCUGCCGUGGAUCGAAUGGCACUCUGGGCAAAGCUCACCACUUUGCGUCGUUUCCGGUGGGUGGUUCCCAUCUCAGAGCCUAA